AUGAUAGGAUGUGUCCAAGGAUCAAUAUAUGGCAUUACAAUCGAAUCAAGCUUUGAGAAAACAAUACAACUGUUUGGACUCAAUCCAAAAGAGAUAAUGACAAUAUCAGAAAAGGCGAUAGACUUUUGGACAUUCCAGAACAAGUUAUACCAUCAACAAGAGGCCAAGAGAUUGGAGUUUUAUGAGGAUCAAUACUCAAAGUUAAAGACUACCUAUAUCAAGCAGCAUGAUGAUUUCAUGAAGAAGAUUGAUCAGAUGAAGAAACAGAUUGAAUAUUUAAAGAAGGAGAAUGAGUCGGACAAGAAGGAGAUUGUUGAACUGUCAGAGAAGUGUGCGGAAAAGACCAGGCAAAAGAGAAAGUUGGAAGAACUCUAUGAGAACUUAAAGAGGAAGUUGGAGGAAGUACCAUCAUAUAAUAGUAUUAGCAGUAAUAUUAGUAACACAUCUGGAUUGGGCAAUACUCAAUUUGCCUUUAGUACUGGUAGUAGUUCAACAACAACAACAACAACAUUCUCUCCAAAUGUAUAUUCAUCCAACAACGACAACGGGUCAUCAUCAAACAUUAGGAAACCAAUACCAGUAUCCCCUAUACUUCCAAUGCCAAAGACUAGUGGUGGAUCAACUCUACCUAUUGGAGUACCAACAACAACAACAUCAUCACAUCAACAAGUCAAACACUUUCCAGAUUUAAAGAAGACCUAUGCAUCACCGGCCAUCAAGAGUUCAGACAAGUACAUGUAUAUCAAACGAACACCAAUGAUGAAGGGGACAGACCUGGCAAGUGGCACAUCCAAGAUCGGUACCUUUCAAAAAUAA